AUGAGAUGUUUGACGAGCAAGUGUCCACAUACCUUUGGUCAUGUAGUGUAUGUGAAUUCUUCCAUCUUUAUGCACCUUCGUCAUUGGGAUGAUUUUACCAUUUCUGACAGGAAGGAGAUUGCCUGGUAUUAUGUUAAAGCAUAUAUUAUUCAAAUUCAUAAACAGAAAGGGUCCAUACAGCAUUCAUUUAUGAUGGAUUAUGGAACAUAUGGAUUAUGAAUUAUGGAACAUAUGGAUUAUGAAUUAUGGAACAUGUGGAUUAUGAGUUAUGGAACAUAUGGAUUAUGAAUUAUGGAACAUGUGGAUUAUGAGUUAUGGAACAUGUGGAUUAUGAGUUAUGGAACAUAUGGAUUAUGAGAUAUGGAACAUAUGGAUUAUGAGUUAUGGAACACCUUUACAAGGAGCUGUUGUGAUGGCGUAUAUAAAGAAUUGUUUAUGACACAAUUCACUUUUUUUUUUUUUACAAUCACCUUUCUUCAGGGUCACUGCAAUGAUGUACUUGUUUUCCAGAUCCAGCCCUACCACCUCCUUCGGUAACUAAUCAAUUAUGAUCAUUCGUUCAAUGAGGGAGAAUCUGUCUCAGCUAGAACAUACUUUGAUAUUUUGGAAAUCAUGUUGACUGUUUGCCAUUACAUGGAUGCUAUAACGUAGAUUAGUAUACUAAGCUACAUCUUCCAAAUGCAUGCGGUGCCCUGCCCUCUUAGCUGACACUUUCACUCUUCUUUAAAACAUUUUUUUUUUCUCCACAGGAUAUGUGAGGAUUACAUAGCCAAGAAUGUGAAGAACUGCAAGCUGCUUCAAAAACAGCUUCCAUGUAUGCCCCCAAAACUACUGCCAGCUGUACAGAGGAUAAUGUCCUUUUUUCGGACAUCUAGGAAAAUAUAGCAUUUUCAUAUGUAAAUAUUAGUGGGAAAUUAUCAAUAGUAGACUACAGUAAAUUGAUAAUACAGAGUUCAUAGUUCAUACUCUAUGUUCCACGUAUUACUGUUGAUAAGGCCUGCAGGGUAUGUGGGAAGAUUUAUCUUCCAGAAGAUUGUAGUUAAUUAUCAUUAUGUAUCCAUAUAUAUUUUUUAUGCUUUACAGUUUAUUUUAUAUUAUGACUGUGAAUGGGUGUGUUUUCUGCCUGCAAACAAGACUGUUGUAAUGUUUGAUAUCAUAAUUUUUACAACUUUGUUUUGGCCACCACUUUAUAAUAACAACAUUAUAAUAACAACUUUUGAAGACAGUCAUAAAAAUGUGAAUUCGUUAAAGUUGUAUUAUGGCUAUUACACAAACGCCACGCGAGUGGACGAGCCCUCUCCAGUACCUGGCUGCUGCGCUGCCUUGUUGCCAUGGUUUCGUCAACACACAAGACACUCGGCAGCUUGCUCCUGCGUUUACGCCACAACUCCGUGGUAACCUAGUCUACAAACAACUCAAAAGUACUGAGAAACUUUACUUUUGGCAGGUUGCGAAUGAUUUGCUGUAUAAUAUCUGUUCAUAUUUCGUGUAACACCUUCAAAUCAUUGUAGUAAAGUUGUUGUUUUGUGCUGGGAUAUCAAAGCUAGCUACAAGAGUGAAAAGACUUUGUGGCUUCUCGCACCAAUAUGGAGUUCGGUUCCAAACUCAAGGACCUGAAUAUGACACCGGAUGAAAUGGGCCGCUUUACCAAGGCUUUUCAAAAUGAGGAGUUCAGAAAGAUGCUGCACGAAUACGCAGAGGAAAUAUCAAAGCCAGAGAAUAAGAAGAAAUAUGAGGAAGAAAUCAAGUUGUUAGAACAAGAGAGGGGCGUGGACAUUCAAUUUGUCCACCCCAAACCUUACCGAGCCCUGAAGACGAGUAUGGACGGUAGGCAGAAGUGCUUCAUCAAUGUCUGCAGCAAUGACAUGAUUCGUAAACCUGAGUUUAGGAGGGUAGACGAGGCUGGCAGAGUAGGGCAGCAUUGGUCACUACCCCACAGCUUGACACCUGGAACGCCAGACAGGGAUGCAAAGGGGAAUAAGUACACAAUCUAUGAUGUUGUGUUUCAUCCAGACACUAUUCACAUGGCUGGAAACAACCCAAGAUUUAUGGAAAUGGUUGACAACACUGCUGUUGAGGCUGUCGAGAAUGGGGGCAAAGUGAAGCUAGACAAAAACAAUGUAAGAGUUUUGAAAAUCAAAUACAAAGGGACACCACACGCUGCCGUCAUGCGCAAGCCCUUACCUGGUCAACCUGCCAAGGAAAAACCUUCACCACUUGACAAUCAUCUCUCGUUCCCCUACCCCGACGAAAAGCAACCAAAUACGGCAACAAAUCAAAAGGAGAGCCCCAUACCGAAGGCCGAGAUUCAGUCCGACACCCAGAUCAGCCAGAGACAACAAAAUGUCAAUUCACCCAAGAAGCCAACGAAACCACAUUACACUCUAAAAUACAGAUCAUUCAUUGAUUUGCAAGAUUUCAGGUGUUCAAGAGAUUCGGCUCAGAGCCCACGCCCUAAAGAGAUUGUCAUCACUAUUGAUUUGCCUUUGCUUAGAUCUGUUGCGGAUGCUGAUCUAGAUGUGACUGAAAGACUUGUCAGUUUGGAAUCCAAGAAACCAGCUUACAGACUAGAGGUGCCGAUGGCAUAUCCAGUGGAUGAAAACAAGGGAGAGGCAAAGUUCAACAAGCAAAAGAAACAACUGGUUGUUACUUUACCUGUUCUACCUCUGAAGGAGCCAACAGUCGCUGAAGUGUCUGGCCGGCAGCUUGUCAAUGAUGAUGGUGAAGAGGAUUUUGAGAAUAGUUGUGUAAACGCAGCGCAGUCGGAAGACGCAACACAUGGCAAAGAAGAUACCCCCGACCACAACGGACUUGGCAAAGAAGAUACCCCCUACCACAGUGGACGUGGCAAAGAAGACACCCCCGACCACAACGGACUUGGCAAAGAAGAUACCCCUACCACAGUGGACGUGGCAAAGAAGAUACCCCAGACCACAAUAGACUUGGCAAAGAAGAUACCCCCGACCACAACGGACUUGGCAAAGAAGAUACCCCCGACCACAACGGACUUGGCAAAGAAGAUACCCCCGACCACAACGGGCUUGGCAAAGAAGAUACCCCCGACCACAGAGGACGUGGCAAAGAAGAUACCCCCGACCACAACGGACUUGGCAAAGAAGAUACCCCGACCACAACAGACUUGGCAAAGAAGAUACCCCCGACCACAGAGGAUGUGGCAAAGAAGAUACCCCCGACCACAGAGGACGUGGCAAAGAAGAUACCCCCGACCACAACGGGCUUGGCAAAGAAGAUACCCCCGACCACAGAGGACGUGGCAAAGAAGAUACCCCCGACCACAACGGACUUGGCAAAGAAGAUACCCCCGACCACAACAGACUUGGCAAAGAAGAUACCCCCGACUACAGUGGUUGCAAUGAAGGGGACAUCUCAGAAGACGUUCACUCUGGAAAUGCCACAUCACUCCGGUCUGAAAAUCAACUAAUCUCAGUCCUGGAAGACAAGAUAGAGUUUUCUGAACAGUCUGGUGACAUUGAGGAGGACAAGCAACACAAACUGAAAAGUGGUGAAUCACACCAAGCUAAAGCUUCAGAGCCCACUGAGUUUGAUGGCAAGACUGGGUGCACUGACCAGAAUGAGGGACAGUCAGAUGACAAUAAUUUACAUGAUGAGGUGGAAACAGACCCAUCAUCCCUGACCGAGAGAAUAGAUGACCCAUCUAACACUGCACCAAUGGUCAUCCCAUCCAAUCUUGACAAUGACCAGGCCAAAGACUGCUCAUCCCCCAAGAUCGAAGAGAUAGUUGAAAGUCAAGCUUCAACUAAGGAUAAACAGAAGACUUUGCAAUUCAGUGAGCAUGUGCAGUUGGCUCAGUCUCAGGAGGAAGAUGACCUGCCUGCUGAGCAGACCUUUCAGGACUGUGAUAUGAGACCACAGCAAGUACUGCUGACAGAAAUCAACCAGCAUGGACAAGAGGUGGUCAUUUGUGAUCAUACUACAUCUGCUGGUUUCGUUUUUCAAAACUCCUUUAUCUAUGACCUGGACUGAGUCUCCUGUCAAGGUACUUGCUCCGUCACAAAGAUACGAUAUGAAGUUUGUUGCUAAUUCAAUCCGUUGAGGUCUUGCGUGAAAACCUAAAGUCCUUUUAUCCAAUUGAGGGCAAUAGGAAAAAAAGUAUUUAAAUGGCAUUCUGCCCCUGAACAAGGAAGUUAACCCCCCUAGGCCAUCAUUGAAAAUAAUAAUUUGUUCUUAACUGACUUGCCUAGUUAAAUAAAGGUUUAAAAAAUGGAAACAGAUGACAAAUAUCAUUUUAAACCUUCAGAAACUAAUUGAGACAAUGAUAGAUAUGGAUAGUUUCUUUAAUUUCCUUUCAAACUUGUAAAACAGUAACGGACUGUUAAAAAAUACAGUAAAAAAUAAAACAUUUUUUGAAUUCCACAAACAUAUAAAAAUGUUUAUAUACACAAACACACAUUGUUUAAACAAAUAUAAACUACUAAUUGUCAUUUUAGGUUUCUCAAUCUGUACCACUGAUGGUGAAACACACUUGAAUGCAAAAUGUCUGAACAUCAGCACAUGUCCAAUCAGUGGUUACAUAAGAAGUUCUGAGAUGCGUGUUGGGUCCAAUGACCAAAGAGUUCAUACUGCCCUUUACAUUACAGUCUACACUGGCUGGUCACAAUUGCCCUACACUGGCUGGUCACCAUUGCCUUCAUAAUAAUAACAAAAGCAUUAACCACGUUUCCAUCCGACCAUUUCAUGCGGAUUAAUUACCUAAUGCAUGGAAAAAAGUUACAACUGGGCUGAUGGAAACAGGAAAUGCCGUUACAAUUCUAUAAAUACCAAUACCAAUUAUUUGUUUGACAUGGUGGGAUCUUUUUGUGUCUAAAAUUAAUUAUGUGAGAAAUUAGUCGAAACGCCUUUAUGUGAAAAUAUUGAUACAAUAACCAUCACAUCGAAGUAAACUUGGGAGUCACGUGAUGAUAUUUUGUGUGUUCCUCCCACUACAACUCGGGAAACCAUGCAUUUAUUAAGCUACAGAUGAACUAACUUAUGAACUUCACAGGGUGGUGAAAGAGCACAGUGUUGAGCUUGAAGUAUUGACGAUCUUAUUCUG